AUGCCGUUCGUGGUGCGAACUGUCGAGCCCCGGAACCUCGGGAGGACGAGGCUUCAUGACGAUGCCGGGCGACCGAUACUCCGCGACGGCGAACUUGAAGCGGUGAGCAAUGCCACACUGGCCAACGCGCUUCGGCAGCUCGCCUCGGUGGCAAGGAUCGCCGAAGAGAUCUUCCAGGAGUUGAACUCCCAGCUGACGGAGGUGUCGGAAAGGAGUAGCCGGCUGAAGACGAGGAUCGGUUCCGUACAGGAGAAGGUUUCGCAGUACGACCCCAAGACAGUCACAGUCCGUAAGUAG